GACCGCUUUGGCCUGCUGGGCUUGCUGGGUGUGAUCCGCAUGAGUGAUCCGGACCUGACCACGCUUGCGCUUGGAACGGACCUCACGGGGCUGGGCCUUCACCUCAACUCCCCCGAGAACGUCUACAAAACCUUCGCUUCCCCCUGGGCUGAGGCGCCCCUGCGGCCUGAGCCCGACUUCAAGGUGCCGGAGUGCUAUCGGCAUGCGCCGCCGCGAUUGCAGGCGGGCUACUUCACCAAGUUUGCGCAGGAGACGCUGUUCUACAUCUUCUACUCCAUGCCUGGUGACGAGGCGCAGCUGUUUGCGGCGGAUGAGCUGCAGCACCGCGGCUGGGCCUACCACAAGGAGUUCAAGGUGUGGCUGACGGCAAUCCAGGGGGUGGAGCCGCAGCAGAAGAACGACCAGAUGGAGCGCAGCUCCUACUACGUCUUCGACACCGCCACCUGGGAGGCCGUGCGCAAGGAUAACUUCGUGCUGCACUAUGACGCCAUCGAGCGGCUGCCC